AUGGGAGAGGAAGUAGAAAGUCAUCGGGUGGAGGUGGCGAUGCAACUUCAGGAGAUUUUGGAAUCGAUCAAGGACCUGAAGGUCGAGCGGGACAAGAAGAAAAAGAAGAAGAAAGAGUCUGAUAGUGAGAGAGAGUCGUCGGACAGUGAUGAUGACAAAUCCAAGGAUUCUAGUGAUCACGUGGGUUCUGGUUUUCACAAGGGAAAGAACAAGGACUCAUUAUGUGAUUCCCGAAAAAUCAAGAUGCCUAUCUUUUCAAGGGCAGAUGCGUAUGGAUGGAUUUAUCGGGUCAAGAGGUACUUUGAAGUGCAGGGGAUCAGCAAGAAGGAUCAAUUGAGGGCAACAUGUUUAUGCAUGGAGGGGUCUGCACUUGCUAUGGGUGGAGGAACGAUCGCCAUGCCAUACAUAGGAAAAUAUCAAGAAGAAGCUAUUGGUUCACUUUCAACCAUCAUACGAAGCUGGACAAAUACUUGA